CUCCCCAUCUCUCUCUCUCUCUCUCUCUCUCUCUAAUACCUUCUCUCACAUUAUGUCUACUUCAUUCCCACAACUGCCUCCGACCACCGUUUCCACCGCUCCCUCCGCCCUCCUCACACAACUGCCACCACCCUACGUCGACCCCUCAUCGCCAUAUGCCUCCUCCGGGUCUUCCUCGUCCAUUAUCAUAGUGGUUAUUAUCAUUGGUUCCGUCGUAAUCGUCUCCGCCUCCAUUUACCUCAUCCUCCGCUUCCUCUCCAAACGCUUCCGCCGAAACUUCACUGCUGCCGACGACGUCGUCAUGCUGCAGGAUGCUUCUUUUAACCGGAACUGGAACCAGCAGCAUUGCCAUGUGGCUUUCAAUGGUUUGCUCGACUCCCUCCCGUUCUUCACCUUCCAGUCCGUCACCGGGAACCUCGCCGGAGGGGACUGCGCGGUGUGCUUGUCGAAGUUCGAGCCGCAUGAUGAACUCCGUUUGCUGCCGCUCUGCUGCCACGCAUUUCAUACCGCGUGUAUCGAUACGUGGAUUGUCUCCAAUCAGACGUGUCCUCUCUGCAGGUCCCCAGUUCUCCCCUCUGGCUCGGACGUACUCGAUAAGAUCCUCUCCGGCGGUAACCGCUGCUCUAGUAAUGAUAGCUUCAGAAACGAAAACGGAAACGGCGAGAGCUAUCGGAUUGAAAUCGGAAGCAUCAGUCGUCGCGGCGGCGGAUCUGAGGAGGCGGCCGCGGAAGCUGGGCAGCGCUCGUACUCAGUAGGCUCCUUCGAGUACAUUGUGGAUGAUAACGAAUACGAGGUUUCCAUAGCUGGUUGCCAAACUCAAGGAAGAGGAUUUCCAGAUUCCACUCAGAAUGACAAGGACUCAUCGGUCCGAACUCCGGUACCGGAGCCUGGUGAGGAUAUUUUGGCUGCGGAGGUUUCCGGCGGGAGAAACUGGCUAAGGGAGUACGUGGACAGGCUGGCGCCAGUUUCUUUUUCGUCCCGUGCGAUGUCGUUUAGAAGCUCCGGGAGAUUCUUCUCCGGCAACAGCAGCCGCCGCGGCGACGCUGCCGUCGUCCCACGGGAUUUAGAGGCGAACCGGGUCGGAGAGGAAAUCAGUGAACUAUUUCGCUGGCUUUCCGGAACUUAAUUUAAUUUUAUUUUUCUUGAUGAAUUCAUUACAUAUAUAUCAUGAUAUUUAAGGAGGUUAUUUGAAUAUAGUCCUAUUUUAAAGUCAAAGUUCUUUUAUGAUACCUUA